AGGAGCUGCUCCCGUAGAUCUAGGCCCGCGAAGCUGUGGGGGUCAGGGUUGGUCUCCGCUGCCCGUCCUUUUCUGACUUGACGGCUCAGCCCGCUUCCAGGGCAGCCAUUGCCAUGGAGACCCCCGAGGCUGUAAAGUCAGGUAUCCAGGUGGGUGGCGGCUCCCGCGCCGCUGAGCCCCUCAAGUAAGGAGCAAGCGCCCUGGCGUGGCCCGGCCCCCGCGAGAGGAGAGGAGGCGGAGGAGCGGCGUUAGCAGCUCGAGGAGCAGUGCGCCCCGCCAGGGCUAGAGGCAGGCGCGCGAGGCUGGCGCCACCGUCUCGGCAGGGGAGCGGGGGCUGCCCCGGGUGCGGGUGAGUGGCGCGGCUGAAGGCCACGAGGGACUGAGGGACACGGGGGAGGCAGCGGGAGUGUCAGAAGCGGGCCGAGUUUCGGCUCCAGCCGUCUCGUGGUGGGCCAGGCACGGAGCGCGGAGGAGCGAGCAACCUACACCUCUAGGCAGGCGGGAAGCCCCGGGAAGGAGAAGCGAGACUCCAGGCGUGGGGCCCAGUUGCGGCAGGACAGCGGGAGCCGCGGGGGCACCGGAGUGUAAAACUCAGGACCCUCGGCCGCAACCACCCACGCAGGCAGGGUGCCACGCCAGAGACCCAGCGGGGGCCAGAAGCCGGCGGGGCACGGGAACAGGGGCGCCCCCGUGCGGUGCUGCCGGGCCGCCUAGGGGCGGCGGCCGGUGCCAUGCUCAAGCCCAAGGACCUGUGCCCCAGAGCGGGUACCCGCACCUUCCUGGAGGCCAUGCAGGCGGGCAAAGUGCACCUGGCUCGCUUCGUGCUGGACGCGCUAGACCGAAGCAUCAUCGACUGCCGCGCGGAACAGGGCCGCACGCCACUCAUGGUGGCCGUGGGCCUGCCGGACCCCGCGCUGCGCGCGCGCUUCGUUCGACUACUGCUGGAGCAGGGUGCGGCCGUGAACCUGAAGGACGAGCGCGGCCGCACGGCGCUCAGCUUGGCAUGCGAGCGUGGCCACCUGGACGCCGUGCAGCUGCUGGUGCAGUUCAGCGGCGACCCCGAGGCAGCUGAUUCGGCUGGCAAUAGCCCCGUGAUGUGGGCAGCGGCGUGCGGCCACGGGGCGGUGCUGGAGUUCCUAGUGCGCUCUUUCCGCCGCCUCGGCCUGCGCCUCGACCGCACCAACCGUGCCGGCCAUACAGCGCUGCAGCUGGCUGCCGCCCGCGGUCAUGGAACCUGCGUGCAGGCCCUCACCGGGCCCUGGGGCCGCGCAGCCGCCGCCGCCGCUGCAGCCGCGGCUCGGGGCUCCAACUCCGACAGCCCCCCUGGCCGUCCGGCUCCCGCGCCCAGCCCGGAACGCCGACGACCCAGUCCCCGGCGCCUACAGCGGCCUCUCCUGGCGCGCUUUGCGCGAGCGGCCGGCGGCCAUGGUCAUGGAGGCGAGGCUGGCUCAGGGGGCAAGAGCUCGGGCCGGCACCGGGCGCAGGGAAGCGAGCGGCCCGAGUUGGGCCGGAGCAUGAGUCUGGCUCUGGGUGCUGUGACAGAAGAAGAGACGGCUCGACUUCGGGCGGGAGCCCUGAUGGCCCGACCACACUCGCCCCAGUCUUCGGGGACCGGGCGGUGGCAUUCGCAUGAAGUGCUGGAGGGAGCGCCCCCAACUUUAGCGCAAGCCCCCAUCGGCCUUAGCCCCCACCCCGAGGGCGGCCCCGGCUCCUCUGGCCGCUUGGGUUUGCGCCGACGCUCCACAGCUCCAGACAUCCCCAGCCUGGUCGGGGAGGCACCAGGGCCCGAGAGCGGCCCGGAGUUAGAGGCCAACGCUGUGCCGCAUUCGAUGCCUGGACCCCAGGCUUGGCAGGCAGGCACGGAGGCCGUGGUGUUGCACGCUCAGCAGUAAACAGCAUCGAGGACGAGCCCUGCUCCCUGCACCUGCCUGCCUCUGCUCCCGUCCUCACUUUCCUGGCAGUUUCCCUCCCAUCUGUGAUCCCAGCACCUGUCCCCACUGCCAAGAUAAGUGGCCUUCUCUCUGAAAGGGACCCCUAUUAUUUCUUUUUUGUGCUUAUUGGUAUUUUUGGUAUUCCCUGCCUAAGUCUCACCUUCUCCGCAGCCUGCCUUUCCUGUCCUGCAAGGGGAGGAGUAGAAGACUGGUUCCAUGGGCUACAGCCUUCCAGGAAGGUGGACCCCCUUCCCUGCACCCUGAGGCUCGGUCCUGAGUCUGGCUGGCCCUUGCUUGGUCUCCUUCCCCUCCUUUGGUGGGGGGCCAGGUUUCCCCACACCAAAGCAGCGAGUAUGCAGCAGAAGAGUGGACCUGUACAACCAGGGUCUAGUCCUCUCCCUCCCAGUGAUGCUGACAAUAAUGCCAUACUUGACCUAAGUCCCCUUCCCCUUAAGUGUUGGAGACAGGGAGCAUGGAGAUGGGCCUCACAGACUUUUGGGCAAGAGGGCUGAUGAGGAAGGAAUCUUCUAGAGGUUAAGUUUUUCUAGGGAGGAUCUCCUGCUUCAAGACAAUGAAAGCCUGUUUUGCAAGUGACAGAACCUCUGGUGUUGAAUGCUAAUUGUCCUUUGAACCAGCUUCUGGGUAAUUCCAGUCCCCUCUUUCUCUUCCUCAGGCCCACCCAGAAUUCAACCUCAUUGACAGUGUGGCCCUGGCCAACACCAUCCCCAGGCUCAGCUGCAUUUGAGUUCCAUCUUUGGGGUCUCAUCCCUCGUGGCCCAGCCUUAUUUCCUCUCACUCUAAGAGGCCUGAAAUGGAAAGCACUUCUCCCACCCCCACCUCCUCCCAGCUCCCCCAUCCCACACGUGGGUGCUCCUGCAGGGUGGAACUGUUGCGAAGGCAUUUUGCUUCAUUGUGUUUCUCCCAAUCCUCAAAGAACCCGUGUUUUGAGUCUUUGUAUAUGAAGCAGAAAGCAGCAGGUCUGAUCCGAGGCUUAAGAACCUGACAAUGUCUCUUUAAAUAGAAGCUCCGCGAGGGGGAUAAUUGACUGAAGUGUUUGCCACGUUAAACGACGGCGCGCGGGAGUCAGAAGCCCACACGAGCUGCAGGUCUGGGUUUAAAUUACAUCAAACUCCAGCGAGAGCUGGGAGGGGGCUGUUAAACGGCUCCUGCUUCUCGCUGGGCCGUUAAUGGAGGGCAGAGCGGAUGAUGGAUGCAAGGGGUCAAGACCAAGGACCCCUGCCUCUGCCCCAACGCGUGGGACGCAGGUCCGGCCCCCGCUUCAUUACUGGGCAGAUUAGUGAGUCAGAGGCAACCGCAGAGAGGUGGUAAAAGGCCCUUUCCCGGCCUGGCCUUCGUUCCCUCCCUCCCCGCCCCCUUCUUUGUGCCGGCCUAGCCAGGGGGGAACUAAGGGGCCUGGCGAAUCUCACGCCCCCGGGCCGUGCGGAAGUACUAGCACGCGUCUGUGCACCCAGCCCGCCAGGCGGCGGCGCGUGGAGCUCUUUCUGUGAACCCCGAAGGUUGAGUGUGCACCCACUUACUCACCUGCGGAGG